GACUAUCACCAGCAACACAAGCACACAUUACAGUCAAGACAUGUUAUUUUUCAGUUUUUUCAAGACGCUUGUGGAUCAAGAAGUCACAGUUGAAUUAAAGAAUGACAUGGAAAUAAAAGGAACCUUAAAAUCCGUCGAUCAAUACUUGAAUUUGAAAUUGGAUAAUAUAUCAUGCACCAAUGGCAACAAAUACCCACACUUGCAAUCUGUCAAGACUCUAUUUAUCAGAGGUUCCACUGUCCGUUACGUCCAUAUGAGUCCAAAUUCAGUUGAUUGCACUUUGUUACAAGAUGCAUCUAGAAGGAAGCUAUGGUUCAAUCCGCAAAGUAGGAUGAUUGUAUAAUUAUAUAUGUACUAUAGAAAUGCAGGAGUUUUUUAGGGAUUGCCAGU